AAAACACUCUUGGGGAUACGGCCAACUUGAUGCAAGAACUCAUCAACGGCCUGGACAGUAUCAUCCCGGAGAUGCUAGAAGAUGGUGGACCACCAAGAGUUCCACCGGCUAGUAAAGAAGUUGUAGAGAAACUUCCAGUGAUCGUUUUCAGCGAGGAACUGCUUAAAGAGUUAGGACCAGAGGCAGAAUGCUGCAUCUGCAAGGAGAAUCUUGUAAUCGGUGACAAAAUGCAGGAGCUGCCAUGCAAACACACAUUCCACCCUCCUUGCCUAAAGCCUUGGCUGGACGAGCAUAACUCUUGCCCUAUAUGUCGUCAUGAAUUACCAACAGACGAUCAGAAAUAUGAAAACUGGAAAGAGAGGGAGAAAGAGGCCGAGGAAGAGAGGAAAGGCGCAGAAAAUGCUGUCCGCGGAGGUGAAUAUAUGUACGUUUAGAUUGUAGAAGUUAUGGCACACCACCAAUGUUUGUACUUUAACAUCUCCCAUUUGUUGUUCAUCAUUCACAAAUUAUACAUCCUAUUUAAUAAGAGACUCGAUUUGUUU